AUGGCCGACUUAGAUGCGUCAAAAGUUAAAGAAAACGAAAAAGGACAAGAGGUAGCUUUACAAGAACCACAAAGUAAUAGUGAAUCCAAUAACAGCAGCCCCACAAUUUCUCAACAACCAGAUUCAAAACAGAAUUCAAUAGCUGUUGGAGAUAUAGCCACACAAGACAUCGGAACUGAGUUGAAACAACAAAACGCUGACGAUGAUGUCGUCAAAGAAGAAGCAAUUAAUCCGACCAAUGAGUCACUACAAGCUAGUUUUGAUCAUUUAAAUAAUGCUAACCAAAAUUUUAAUCGAUGUGUUAAUCUUAAUCUAAAUGAUGCUAAUCUAAAUGAUGCUAAUCCAAAUGAUACUAAUCCAAAUAUUAUUAAACCGCCUUAUAAUACAAUAUGGUUUUACAAUCGAGAUGAACCCUACUAUGAAUUUACAAAUUUCAAAGAAAAUUUUCCUAUAAAAGCAGCACUUGUACCACGUCCAGGCAGUGCACCCGAAGUUAAAAGUUGGCCAACAAGUGAACACUUAUUUCAGGCUGCCAAGUUUCAAAACACCAGAAGAGAAAUUUGUGACCUGAUCAGAAAAUGCUAUAAACCCAGAGAUGCUUUUAAUAUGGCGAGAAGAUAUCAACAAUUCACGGAUCCAAAUUGGCAUGAAAUAAAUGUAAACGUAAUGGAAUGGGUUGUCAAGAAAAAAUUUGAACAACAUCCGAUAUUGGCCAAACGAUUAUUGGAAACUGGUGAUAAAAUAUUGGUAGAACAUACAGAGCUUGAUAGAUUCUGGGGUGACGGUGGUGAUGGUACUGGUAGUAAUAUGCUUGGAAUAAUCUUGAUGAAUGUUAGAAAAGAAUUGAGGGAUUCUAAUUAUUUGGAAAAAUUAGAAAAAUCUCGUCGUAAGUCAGUAGAAGGUGUCACCACUACGAAUAACGAGAUGUAUUCAUCACAUUCAGAAACAUCUUCGACCAAUUCUUUAUCAAUAAAUAAUAGCAAUGAUGGUGAUGAUGAUUCACCAAAUAAUAUAAAUCCGAUUCAACAACAACUUCAUCAACACCAGAUUCAACAGCAAAUUCAACAAGAGCUUGAUCAACAGGCACAAUUGCUUCAACAAUUACAACUACAGCCACAAAUUAUCACACCAACACCAACACCACCACCACAACUUCUUAUGACCGGUGAUGGCUUAAUCAUUGACCAAAGUCUAACUAUGCAAAAUAGCCCCGCUGCAUUCUAUUACGGGUAUCCAUCCUCACCAACUCCACCACCGUCAAAUCCACAAAAUCACCCGCCCUACAAUCCAUAUAGUUAA